GUCGAACAGCCUCAGACCGAACAAAGAGAAGAACCAUCUCCACAAAACACCCAACAAAAUAUCCCAAACCCACAACAAAAUCAACAAGGCGGCCUUUCGGGAUUACUCAGUGGAUUACUUAGUAACCCGGCUAUUCAACAAAUGGCACAGUCGAUGAUGAGUAACCCCGCGAUGAUGUCAAUGGCACAAAAUAUGAUGAACAACCCAAAUAUGAUGAAUAUGGCACAAAGCAUGAUGGGAAACGCUAACCUCAACGACCUUGCAAACAACCCACAAGUUCAGCAAAUGGCUCAACAGAUGGCAAAUAGCCAGAACACUCAGAAUCAUGACACACAGCAACAAGGUGACCCUAAAGACAAAGAAGAAAUAUAA